CGAGCGUGGAAUAAUGGAAUUUGAAUCGGGUUGCAACCUAAAUUUAGCACCACCAUCGUUACCCGCUCUGCCACAUGUUGUGCCCACUGCCCACCACUUGCUCUAGCUCCCCAUCCACAGCAACGGGUCUCACCUCCACCAUCUAUAGUCUAGCUUGUACCAUUCGUCACAUCUUGCAAGAUGCUGAUAUCUCUCACCGUCGGCAAGCUCGACGCCGGCCUCGCAAUCCUGUUGACCGAAGACAAGCGAUUGAUCGAGUUCCCGUCCAUCCUGCUUCCGCCGGGAAUCACCUCCGGCAGCAUAGUCGACAUCCAAGUGUCGCGCAACAUCGCCGCCGAGACCUCGAGCAAAGCCUCCUUCAGCAAGCUGCAAGGCGAAAUCUACAAUGCGUACGGUGUGCGAUCGCCGAGCAAGCCCGUCCUGCGCCUCCGCAACGCCACACAGACAUCCAUCGUGCUGGAAUGGGAUCCGAUCGAGCUGGCCACGGCGACGCUGCGAAGCCUGACGCUGUACCGGAACAACGCCAAGGCCGGCUCCAUCCCGAACCCGACCGCGCACACGAGCACAAAGAUCUCCGGACUGGCCGUCGGCGAGGAGUACACGUUUCACUUGGUCCUAAGGACCAGCGCCGGGACGUAUUCGAGCGAGAAGGUUACCGCCCGCACACACAAGCUCACCGAUCUUAGCGGGAUCACCGUGUGUCCCGGCGUGAUGUCGGCCGAAAUCCGCGAGCAGGUCGAGGCGUCGCUGUCGCGCAUAGGAGCGCGCCCGCUGCAGGACUCGGUCCGCAUCGAUACCACGCAUUUUGUGUGUACCGAGGGCCGGGGACAGGCGUGGGAGAAGGCGGUCGAGAUGAAUAUUCCGGUUGUGAGGCCCGAGUGGAUCGAGGCUUGUGAGAAUGAGGGCAGGAUUGUGGUCGCUAGGAACUUCUACCUCGGCGUCGAUAUUCAGAAGAUGCGCCAGAGCAUGCCCCCGCCCAGACAGCCGCAGACUCCGGUUACUCCCAGUGCCCCGCAACAUAGUCCGCGCCUAUCCGUGGCUUCGCCGGAGACGACGCAUACACCCGAGCACAAGGAGGGUAGUGGGGAGGAGGGUCCGGCGAAGAGUGAGCGUAGUGCGUCGAUUGCGGACUCGACAGGAGGCCGGAGUGAGGAGAAAUUGGGUGGUAAUGAUGGCAAGAAAGAAAGUGAAGGCGUCGAUGGAGCUGGGGACUCUGGAAAGGAAGAGGACAAGGAGAAGGAGGAUGGCGGAAAUGGGGAGGGCGGUGAGAAGUUUGAUAGUGUGCCUUUGUGAUGAGCGAUCUCUAGAACUUUGCUUUGCUCUUUUGUUCACUUGCUAGUCAGCUGGAGAUUUGCUGUGUGGAAGCUUUGUUUAAACACGGGGGUUGCUGUCUAUAGUUGUACUCUCAUGAGCUUUGCUUGCACCGUUGAUAUCUAGCUUAGGUAGCUCUAGGGAGCUUGUUUACGCGAUGGAAGCACCGGAGACACGCGUACGGGGGGA